AUGGCAUCACAAGCAUCGCAAGCAGUCGUCACUCCAGUGGACGAAGACUGCCGGUCUAUGUCCCGCUACAGCGACGCAGCUUCCGAGUUUGGAAGGAAGCUGAACCUUAGUGGUUCUUCCAGGGCCGACGACAUGGCAGCGCAAACCAAAGCCCAAGCCAAGAAGGACAGCCAGCGACCAUCAGGAUCAAGGACCGCUGCCUUGAAUCCAUCUGGUGGUAGUGGAAGGAGCGCUGCAGAAUCUUCGAGGAGGCAGUCCGCUCGACUGGCUGCUGCCAAGGACAAGGGGCCUGCUCGUGAGGGCCCAGAGGAUGAGGACGACGACAGCGAUGAUGAUGAGGACGACGAUGAUGACGACAGCGACGACGAUGACCCAAAUCCUGAGCCUGCCCGGGGUUCAGCUGCUGCACGACUGGCUCCGAGAGAUUACGUCCUUGCUAUGAUGGCUGCGUUCGAGCCUCGUAACCUGUCUCCGACCGAAUUCAGUGACGUUGCACGUCUACCAGAGCCAAGUCACAGCUACAGGGAACUUGCCGAAGCCACAGCUCGCACGAUCAAGACCCAGGACGACCUGAGGCGUCUGCUCAGUGCCGUCCCAAUCGAUGGCGCGUUCUGGGGAGAGCAGGUCGCGUCCAAGCUUAAAGGACGCGCCGACAGAACAUUCCAUGCAUUCAGAGGUGCGCACCAUGACGCGAUCCAGACCAUUGAGGACGUACAGCGCAUUUGCGAGUCAAUCACGAACAUCUUCCGUCGGCCACUUCUCAACAGGAUGCACGACGACUCGAAAGCGCGCCUCAUGGUUCUCUUGGUAUACAUGCUGGACCGGAUCGUCGCCGAAGUCGACGACCCUCGAGCGAGCACGGGACGCGCUGCUGCGGCAUAUGCUGGUGAACAGAACGAGUACAAUCUCUACUUGAGAUUCGCGACCGUACAGGCAAACUGGUCAACCUACUUGAACACGCUGCGGGAGCUAGAGCCCAUUCCCGGUGUCCGUGCUCUCUUUCUGCAGGCCAGUGCAACGACUUAUCUGCGAAACACUUACACUAGACUUGGACAACGAUACACCUCCGCUCCGUUCCCCAGCGAAUCUGCCAGGGCCUUUUUCGAUCGCUUCCGCUUGUUCCUUCGCCACUUGCAACUCAUCCCGUAG